AUGUCCGCCCCACGUAUACUCCAUCGCCUCGCGCGACCAGUGCCGUCAUCCCUAAGCACAAUCACAAGACUAAACCGCCAAUUCGGCGCAGCAGCUCUACGCCUCAAAGAUGGCGACGAUGCUGCCCCAGAGGUAAAGGCGCACCGCGCAAACCAAGCCAACAAGGCCCCGAACCAAUUUAUUCCAAACACAACCUCGACCAUGACAAAUGACUUCAUCAAUGUCGGGCAGAAGCCGCCGCCACCGGAGAUGCUGAACUCGGUCGACCCCAACUACAGACCGUCUGAUCCGUACCCCGGAAGGAUUGAGCAUUUCACCGGUGGUCGUCAGGAUAACGGGGCGCAGAAGCCCGAGCUUGGCGUUGGUGAGAUGGAGGGUAUUACGUUUAAGGUUGAGCCUUUGAAGAGAGUCGGGGAGGAGCUUGCCACGAAGAGGGCCCGUCUGCUAUACCAAAGCCGCAAGCGCGGAAUCCUGGAGUCAGACUUGCUCCUCUCGACCUUCGCAGAUGUCUACCUGGGCAAGAUGAACUACGACCAGCUCGUGGAGUACGACAGCUUCCUCGAUGAGAACGACUGGGACAUCUACUACUGGGCGACACAGGACCCGCCAGAGGAAAUCUCACCCUCUGCUCCUAAGGAGGAUACCAUCACCGAGACUUGGAAGGAGACCGGUGCCAAGAGUGGUGAAUGGGCCCAGACCAUUGGCGCUUUCAGAGCGGCUUACCGGCCUGUUCCGUCGCGCUGGCAGAGUUCUGAGGUUCUCAAGCUACUUAGAGAGCAUGUUCGCGAUAAAAGUGCUACUGGAUUUGAGAAGGCCAAGAAUAAGAAGACUGGCGGUGGUGGCUUGGGAAGAAUGCCUGAUGUUCAGGUGUUUAACUCGUAA